UAUGAGGAGGACAUCUACUGGAGGAGAAUGGAAGAGGAACACCAUUAUUGGGAUGACCGUCGCAGAAUGGCUGAUGGGUAUCCACCAGGCCUCCUUGGUGUCCGACCUGGAAUGAUGCAACCCCAUGGACCAUUACCUCCCAGGCGCCCAGACUCAUCAGAUGAUCGUUAUGUAAUGACAAAACAUGCUGCUAUAUAUCCAACUGAGGAGGAGCUGCAAGCUGUCCAGAAGAUAGUUUCCAAUACUGAACGUGCUCUUAAACUUGUGUCUGACUGCAUCACAGAACAAGAUAAACCAAAAAACAAAGAGGAUGAGAAGAAAGAUGCAAUCAAAGAUAGAGAUGAUAGCCAGAGAGCUUUGAAAGGCGUAAUGCGAGUUGGUGUGCUUGCCAAAGGGUUGCUGUUACGUGGGGACAAAAAUGUGAACCUUGUUCUGCUCUGCGCAGAGAAACCAACUGGAACACUGCUAAAUCGCAUUGCAGAGAACUUGCCGAAGCAGCUUGCGGUAACCACACCUGAGAAAUAUGAAGUGAAGUGCUGCAUACCUGACGCAGCCAUACUACUUAAUUCGUAUACGGAACCAAAAAUGCAAGUCACCAUCACACUUACAUCCCCGAUCAUUAGAGAGGAGAACAUGAGGGAUGGAGAUGUAACCUCGGUUAUGGUGAAAGAUCCACCGGACGUCUUGGACAGGCAAAAAUGCCUUGACGCUCUGGCUGCUCUACGCCACGCUAAGUGGUUCCAGGCUAGAGCGAAUGGUUUGCAGUCUUGUGUGAUUAUUAUUCGCAUCCUUCGUGAUCUUUGCCAGCGUGUGCCUACCUGGGGAGCAUUGCCAAGCUGGGUGAGUGUGGCUGUCAUUUGCUCAGGCAGGUGCAUAAAACCUACUGUUGAGCUAGACUUUGGCAUGGUUCAGGGGAAUUUGCUAAUUGCACAGAACAACAUCCGUUUUUGACGUAGCAAUAAAAGAUGACUAUAAAAUGGGUGUCCAAAACCGACUGGUACCAUUAAAUCCUUCUGUGCAAUUGGGGACUCUUCAAUAUAAAUGCUGUCUUCUUUUAAUUUUUUUUCUCUCAAUUCAUUCAAGGGUUGUGGGCAUCACUGGUUAGGCCAGCAUUUAUUGC